AUGCAUUUUGUUGUAGUUGAUGAUGACAAGCUUUAUGUUUCAUUGGACAUCCCUAAGACUGGAGACUAUCGUCUACUGGUUAAAUACAUCUAUGAAGACCUUGAGGCUGUUCAUACGCAAGUCACGGUACAAUUCAAAAACACUUCCGAGGCCGGAGAGUUAUUCAACUUUUCAGCUACGCUACAAGAAGGUAACAGCCCGGCUACCGUAAACGGUCAAUACUUGCGACUGAAGAAAGGAUUGUGGAUGCUCAACAUUACAACUCUACAGCAAAGUGAUCAACUAAAACUGACUGGUGACUAUCGUCUGGCGGUUAAAUACGCCUAUGAAGGCCUUGAGGCUGUUCACACGCAAGUCACGGUACAAUUCAAAAACACUUCCGAGGCCGGAGAGUUAUUCAACUUUUCAGCUACUCUACACGAAGAUAACAGCCCGGCUAUCGUAAACAGCGGUCAAUACUUGCGACUGAAGAAAGGACUGUGGAUGCUCAACAUUACAACUCUACAGCAAAGUGAUCAACUAAAACUGGACGGUGUGAUGGCAAUACCAAGGGAAUUUAUAGAAGCGGCAGUACUGGACCCCGAACUGAGCACGCAAUUCGUGUUCCACUGCAGCGUCGUUGCAAAUGAUAUGAGGUAAGACAAUCUUAUUUUUUAUUAGAGUAAUUAUAGUAAACACUUUGUUACACAACAUUUAAACAGAUUUUCUACAUCUCAGCAAAUUUUGUCACUCACUGAGGGUUUCCUUAACUUUUUGCGUAUUAUUCGAUAUCUUCAUUUCAUUUAAGCAGUUCUUAACAAUACAUCAUAGUCUCGUGGUUCUCAGCUAACUAAUCACAGAGUUCCAAGACUUGUCUCCGACGGGACACUCUACUGGAACUCGAGUUUAAAAAAAAAACGAUAUUUCCUAGAAUAUAAACUUGAUUUACUUUUGUCAUUACUUUUUUUCUCACUGGCUGAUGAGUUUAGGAUUCAAGUAACAUCGCCAUGGUAACUGAGCCACCCACCCAUA